CAAGAUUUCUACAUGGACGACUUGUUGAGCGGCGCCGGUACGAAAAAAGAAGCAAUAAAUAUACGUGAUGAUAUUAUAACAGUAUUAAAUAGUGCUGGAUUUGAAUUAAGCAAGUGGUCUAGUAAUGCACCAGAAUUAUUACGUGGAUUAUCCACGAUAGAUGAUAAACUCGACAGUAAGAAUUCAUCAAUCGAUAAGCAAAAAAUUAAGAAACUUUUGGGUAUUUUUUGGAACCAAGAAAACGACUCGUAUCAAUAUAAAGUCGAGAAAUAUCAGUUAAAUAUACGCGCUACAAAGCGAAACGUGCUAGCAGAAAUCGCGUCAAUUUUCGAUCCACUAGGGCUGAUAAAUCCAAUAACCGUUCGCUUAAAGUUAGUUAUGCAAAAAUUAUGGCAACUUAGCGUUGAUUGGGACGAACCACUACCCACGGAUCUGUUGAAUGAGUGGAGAAAAAAUCGCGAGGACUUGGAUUCAAUAAAUUCGUUAGUUAUAAACCGUUUAAUAACCGAUUCAAGUAAAAAUUGUAGUGUGCAAAUACAUGGGUUCGCGGAUGCGUCUAUUAGCGCGUACGGGGCGUGUCUUUAUAUACGCACACAAAAUAAAGAUGGCACUAUAACGACCAACUUAAUAUGCGCCAAAUCACGUGUGGCCCCAUUGAAAACAAUUACGCUACCACGUUUAGAACUUUUGGCUGCCGUGUUAUUAACCCGCUUGGCUGCUAAAUAUAUACCCUGUUUACAACUGCACAUAGAGAAUACUUAUUAUUGGACAGACUCGACUAUUGUAUUAGCUUGGAUAUCAGCGCCAGCGUCGAAGUGGAAAACUUUCGUCGGACAUCGGGUCAGUGAAAUACAAGAGUUGUCUUCUAUAUCACAAUGGCGACACGUUAACACUGAAGAUAAUCCUGCAGACAUCGUGUCACGCGGAUGCACAGCAUCAAAAAUAAUUGAAUCAAGCUUAUGGUGGAAUGGCCCAGACUGGUUAAAUGCUCAAGAAGAAGGAUGGCCGAAAAAUAACGUAAUAGAGAUAAACAGUUGUACACUCGAAGAGAAAACGAAUUAUAAAACAGUUAUGUUGAUAACUUGUGACAUAACUAUUCUGAAUAAAUUUUCAAAUUUAUCGAAAUUGUUGCGCGUAAUUGCCUACUGUUUACGGUUUGUACACAACGCGAGACAGAACACUGAGAAAAAGAUCGGACAGAUUCAGCGAGAAGAGAUAAAUAACGCUAAUAUGGUGGCAGUUAAAUUAGUACAAAAAAAUAUAUGGCAAGAAGAAUUAAUCAAAUUAUCUAAGUCAGAACCAAUAAGCUCCAACAGUCGACUACUACGUCUCAAACCAUUCGUAGAUGAAAACGGCCUACUGAGAGUAGGUGGUCGGUUAAAAAAUUCUGAUAUGAUUGAUGUUUUUCAAAAACACCCUAUUUUGUUACCGCCAGACAGUAAUUUCACACGACUCGUGUUUUUUAACGAACACGAAAUAACAUUACACGGUGGACCGCAGGUAAUGUUGGCGUGUAUACGGCUCAAAUAUUGGCCUUUGAACGGUCGUAAUAUAGCACGUAAGGUUACGAGACAAUGCGUUAAAUGUUUUAAAUACAAACCGAUAGUGGUACAGCCAAUUAUGGGCGAUUUACCGAAGAGUCGAGUAGAACCAGCGAGGGCAUUCUCCAAGUGUGGUGUCGAUUUCGCCGGACCAGUUUAUGUAAGGUCUAGUUUGCGACGUAAAUCUCCUAUCGAUAAGGCGUAUAUAUGCGUAUGGAUUUGUUUUGUAACUAAAGCUAUACAUAUUGAGCUCGUAAGCAGUUUAACGACUGAAGCAUUCUUAAACGCGCUCAAUCGCUUUUUCGACCGUCGCGGUAUAUGUUUAGAUAUCUAUUCUGAUAAUGCCACCAACUUCGUCGGUGCGAACCGCCAGUUACAAGAGCUAAAGGAAUUAUUUUUAUCGAAAGCUCAUUUGGAGAAACUACAAAAUACGUUAAAUAAAUUUGGUACGCGUUGGCAUUUUAUACCACCACGUUCGCCACAUUUCGGUGGCCUCUGGAAGGCUGCCGUUAAAUCGGUAAAAACACAUUUGUAUAAAACACUAGGUAAUGCUUCUCUCACCUACGAAGAACUAUACACUGUACUUGUGCGCGUUGAGGCUAUAUUAAACUCGCGUCCCAUCACUCCUAUGUCCUCUGAUCCGACUGACCUUUCUGUUCUUACGCCCGGUCAUUUUCUUAUCGGUAACAUCCCAGCCGCGUUACCAGAACUCGACGUGUCCACCAAACCUCCAAAUAGGCUGACGAGGUGGAGAAGAGUGACACAAUUAGCUCAACAGUUCUGGCGCCGCUGGAGUCGCGAGUAUUUGAGUACGUUACAAGCAAAGGAGAAAUGGUGCGUUUCUAAAGGUCCGGAUCUUGCUAUUGGGACAAUUGUAUUAAUUCGAGAGGACAAUCUUCCCCCAUUACGUUGGAAAAUCGAUCGAGUAAUCGAAACACACCCAGAUGCGAAUGGAGUAGCGAGAGUAGCCGUCGUCCGCACUAGCGAUGGUCAAUGCAAACGAGCGGUGCGAAAUUUGUGUCCUUUACCAUUCGAAGGCAAUGUAACAGGUCAAGCGUGACCAAUGCAAUAUAAAUAACUAUCUUAGUUAAAUUAUUUUUUAUUUUUGUGUCUAUGUAAUCACGU